UCAAAAGUGAAGCCAGCUCCAGCUCCAGCGCCAGCGCCGACAUAAAACCAUCAAUCCCGCAGGAUAUCGACCUCUUUGCGGCUGCAUACCUUCUCCUCACCCUCUAUUAGUCCACAAUGGCUCCUCAAUCUUCCCGCAAGUCUCAAAAGGUGACGAAGAAGUAUGUCAUCAAUUGUUCCCAACCAGCCAACGACAAGAUCUUCGACGUAUCCGCCUUCGAGAAGUUCCUGCACGAUCGGGUCAAGGUUGAGGGCCGCGUUGGCAACCUUGGCGACUCCGUCGAGAUCUCCCAGACCGGAGAUGGAAAGAUCGAGGUCGUCACCCACAUUCCUUUCUCCGGACGGUAUUUGAAGUACCUGACGAAGAAAUUUCUCAAAAAGCAGCAGCUCCGCGAUUGGCUGCGUGUUGUCUCCACCUCCAAGGGUGUCUAUGAGCUGCGCUUCUACAACCUCGUCAAUGACGAGGCGGAGGAGGAUGAGGAUUAGAUUUGAGAAAAAUCUAAUAAUAAUAAGAAACAACCCGGAAGCGAAGAAAGGAAAGUUGGAUCAAGGGUGCGGAAGUUGUGCCGGGGGCGAAUUUUUCUUUUAAAGCAGUGGAUUUCAAUUUUUUUGUUUUCUUGAUGGAAUGGAGGAACGUCUAUGAUAACUCUCUACUGUUUAAAGAUUCUUCCCCCCCCCCGG